UUGUAGCGCAAUUGAACCCGCCAUGGCGGAAACAACCUACUACAUCGACGAAGAUGCGGGCCAGGACCUCUCGACACAAACCGGCGACGAGAGCUUACCCUACAAGACGCUAGGAUUCGCAGUCCUCACCCACGGCGAGUCGCACAGAUUUCUCCACCGCAAGAGCUUGACCGGAGACAUUCCCGAGGGUUCAGAUGCCUCCGCCCGGUUAGAAUGGAGGCCGGUCGCAAGAGCGGCUAUGAAGAAGGCCAUCAACUACGCGAAGGCGCAGAAGAAGAAGGCAGAAAAGGAGCAGGAGCAGAUGGCAAUACGAAUGAAGGAAGAAGCAGACAGGAAGAAGGUGUUGGAGGAGGCAAAGAAGAUCGUGCUUGAGGAGGAUCCCAGCUUGCCAAAGGCGGAGAAGAUCAAGCUCGAUGAGACAGACCCUGCGAAGAUAAAGCUAGGCAAUGGGCAAGACGUUAAAGGCACACGGGUCAGGGUAUUCGGAAGGGUACAUCGCGAGAGGAGACAAAAGACCAACAUGUUCAUUACGCUCAAAGACGGAUAUGGCUUCAUGCAGGUCAUCUUGACUGGGAAGCUGGCUGCAACUUACGACGCCUUGACUUUGACCCGCGAGACUUCCAUGGAGAUCCUCGGAGAGCUGAGAGAGGUUCCACAAGGGGCACACGCGCCCAACGGACGGGAGCUCCACGCCGACUACUACCGUAUCCACCCAGGAUGGCACGCAGCAGGCGGAGACGAUGCCAUAACUAACAGGGUGUCCAAGGACACGGAACAUGCAACCCUCCUGGAUCUUCGCCACCUGACGCUACGAGGAGAGACCGCUUCUAAGGUGAUGAUUGUCCGUGACGCUGUCGAAUAUGCCUUCAACGUCGUGUACCGCGAACUGAGACUGCGCAAAGUUAGCCCUCCGGCGUUAGUGCAGACCAUGGUCGAGGGAGGUGCCACGCUCUUCGGACUACCCUAUUACAAUGAAGAGGCGUUCCUUACUCAGAGCUCACAGCUAUAUCUAGAGACCUGUUUAGCCAGUAUGGGAGAUGUAUACUGUAUUGAGAAGAGCUUCAGGGCAGAAAAAUCAUUGACCCGGCGCCAUUUGGCGGAAUACACUCACAUCGAAGCCGAGCUAGACUUCAUUCAUUUCGGUGAUCUCCUUGACCAUCUGGAGCUCGUCAUGUGCCGCGUCCUCGAGGUCGCCAUGGCCGAUCCCACCAUCAAACAGUACAUCAUGGAGCUCAACCCCGAGUUCCAAAUGCCCGAGCGUCCAUUCAAGCGUAUGCGGUAUAGCGAGGCUAUUGACUGGCUAGUGGAGCACGGCAUUCCGAACGAAGAAGGAGAGCCGCACAAGUUCGGUGAUGACAUUGCAGAAGCCGCGGAGCGUAAGAUGACGGAUGCGAUCAAUAGGCCAAUAUUCCUCACCCAUUUCCCUGUCGAGAUAAAAGCAUUUUACAUGCUCAAAGACAAAGAUGAUCCGCGGGUUACGCAUAGCGUGGAUUGCUUGAUGCCCGGUGUGGGCGAGAUCGUCGGCGGAAGUAUGAGAAUCGACCAGUACGAUGAGCUCCUCGUGGCGUUCGCCCGGCAGGAAAUCGAUCCGUCUUCGUACUACUGGUACACGGAUCAGAGGAAGUAUGGAAGCUCUCCCCAUGGCGGCUACGGGCUCGGUCUCGAGCGCUUCCUCGCAUGGCUCUGCAAACAGCAUACCGUCCGCGACUGCUGCUUGUAUCCGCGCUACUUUGGUCGCUGCAAGCCGUAAGGCAGCAUCUUCUAUCCCUUUCCUCUCGCCGCCCGCUUGGCCAAGACCUCUUCUCCCCCGCAUACGCAGGGCAUAGACUUUCGGUGGAUCAGGCUCACGAAGGAUAGCUAAGGCGUGUUUGAUUGAUUUCUUUUCACUUCCGGUCAGGUUAUAGCCUGUCGUGUCACUGAAAGGCGCAACAAAUAGACGGAUCAUACCCAAUCAUUUCGUG